AUGAAGCACCAUCCUCAUUCCGACCCUGCCGGUGUUGCACAGGCAACAGGCCAUGUUGGUAACCUCACCCCCGAUCAAUGGGACGCACUUGGCGAGAUCUGGUCGUUCCUGCUCCACCUCUGGUACUCUGAGCCUUCCUCGGUCUCAUCAAAGUCAAACCACCCUCGUCGCGCCAGCAGCUACGGAAUCUCUGCCUCAACCCCAAGCUCGAACACAACAUCGCCCAACGUCAAUGACACCCCUGCCCACCACGAUACCACUUCAACCUUCACAUCGACAUCAAUGGCUCCCUCCAGCCCAGGAGCAACAGGUCAUCAUCAACAGUACAGCAGCACCGGACGAGGCAUCAGUCCACCCCUGCCAGCCUCCCCUACUCGACUCAGCCAGUCCUUCUAUCAACCAUCCAUAACAUCCUCUCCCGCCGGACCUACUUCACCAACAUUCAACACUGGAAACAGUCAUCUCAUUUCUUCCUUGCCUGGAGGUGCAGCUGCAACCGCGUUGAAGAGAUCGGCCGCCAAACUCAAGCCAUGGCUCCCUGCAAAAAAGUUUACCUUCAAGUAUUCACCUGUCGAGUACCAAACCGCAUUCUGGUCGUUUGUCCAGGCAGAGCAUCCCGAUACGACUGUGUUACGAUUCCUGAGGGCAAGAAAGUGGAAUGUUGAGAAGGCAAUGGAGAUGUUGAUCUUGGCACUCGAAUGGCGUAUCACCGUGGAUGUCGAGGAGGUCGUACAGGAUGGUGAGCAGGCAUUGGAAGCAAAGUACCCAGGAUUCUUGGAGCAGCUCAAGAAUGGCAAGGUCAUCUUUCGAGGUCAUGAUCGUCAAGGCCGACCCCUAUGCUUGUUGGACCCUAGUCAGCACAACCCGAAUGCCCAAAGCCAGCAGGCAGUACAGAAGCUGUCUAUCUAUGUGAUCGAGACAGCGAGAGUGAUGUUGCAGCCUCCCACAGAGACCAUAUCCGUUGUCUUUGACAUGAGUAACUUUUCCUUGUCCAAUAUGGACUGGCCCACGGUCAAGUUCUUUAUCCAUGCAGCAGAGGCGUGUUAUCCGGAACUACUCGGUGUUUGCGUCGUCCACAAGGCGCCAUGGUUGUUUGGCGCGAUCUGGAAGAUGAUCUCACCUAUGCUGGACCCCGUCAUCCGAGCCAAGAUCCAGUUUACCAACAAUCGCAAGGACCUGGAGGUGUUUGUUGCCCCCGACCAAUUGAUGAAAAACAAGUCCUAUGAGGGACUGGACGAGACCCCUUACCGGUACAUUGACCCGAUCCCUGACGAAAAUCGACUCAUGCUGGAACCAUCCGAGGCGAAACAGCGUGCAAUUGCCCGACGCAAGGAGAUGGAAUUGACGUUUGAGAGGCUGACUGAGGUCUGGCAAGGCCAGAAACAGCUCUCGUCGUGCGCUGCUGUGAUCCAGGAGAGGAAUGAGGUCGGACAACGGAUGGCGGAAGUUUGGUGGGCUGCUGAAUCCUACACUCGCGCACGGACAGUCUAUCAUCGCAUGGGCGCCAUUCACACCCCUCCCCUUGUUCCUCCCGGCACUCACGCCACAUAA